AUGGCGAGAAUUAAAAGGGAAGGAAAAAGCGCAUCGACCAUAACAAAAACGUCAAAAAAGAACGACGAAGAUGAAAAAACGCAUAAAAAAGACGAUGAAAAUCUCGCAGAUUCUAGUAGUGAAGAAGAUUUACGUGCCGAAAUUCGGGAUAAUUUAGAUGAUGAGGAUUUAUUAAAUAUGGAAAUCCCAGCUAUGCCCGAACUCGUUAUGGCAACAAAUGGAAGUAGCGAAAGGCUUAUGAUUUUUAGUAUUGAAGUUGAAAAUUUUAAGUCUUAUUAUGGCAAGCAAGUUUUGGGGCCAUUCCAUCAUAAUUUUUCCGCUAUUAUUGGACCGAAUGGUAGUGGUAAAAGUAAUGUAAUUGAUUCAUUAUUAUUUGUUUUUGGCUAUAGGGCAUCAAAAAUUCGUUCGAAAAAGAUUAGUGUGCUUAUUCAUUCGUCUGCUGGCAGGGAAAAUAUCACCAGUUGUGCAGUAGCUGUUAAUUUUCAAAAAAUUAUUGAUUUGGAGGAUGGCAGUUAUCAAGUGGUUCCUGGAAGUCAGUUUACAGUUGCUCGUAUUGCAUAUAAAGAUAAUUCUUCAAAAUAUAUGUAUAAUGGAAAAAAUAUGCAGUUUAAAGAUAUUGCUCGUUUACUUCGUGAUGUUGGAAUCGAUCUUAUACACAACCGUUUUCUUAUUUUACAGGGUGAAGUUGAACAAAUAGCACUUAUGAAGCCAAAGGCGUUAAAUGAAAAUGAUGAUGGAAUGUUGGAAUAUUUAGAAGACAUUAUCGGUUCUAGCCGCUUAAAGCUGCCAAUUGAGAAGUUGCAACGGAAAAUUGAAUUGUUACAAGAGGAACGAUCUGGGCAAUUAAAUCGUUUGAAGCAUGCAGAGAAGGAAAAAACGGAAGCCGAAGGUCCUAUACAGCAUCUCAUCAAUGAAAUGAGAAUUGAUAAUGGUCUUACGCUUUUGAGGAAUCGAUUGAUGAGCGUUCAGAAUGAAUUAAACAUAGAACAAGAAAAGAAAGACAGUAUAACUACUGAAUUGGAGCGUCUUAAAACACGACAACAAGAGGUUUUAUCAUUGCAAAAUAUACGAAAUGAAGAACAUAAUAGAUUACGCAGCGAAUUUGAAACUGCUCAAAAGAUUUAUGAACGUUGUAAGAGUGAUAUUGAUAGUCUAAAGCAAGCUCAAAGCAAAAAGAAAGCAGAUUUAUUACGUUUGCGAGAAAAACAGGAGAGUGUAAAGAAGGACAUAAGUAAAGAGAUAAAAAAGAUUGAAGAAUACGAAUGUGUUCCUGAAAAAUCUGGAACUAAAAUUGCAGAAUAUCAAGCUAUCUUAGACGACGUUGAAGAAAUUAUUUCGCAGAAAAAAGCAUUGGUUGAUGAAAAACUUGGUGAGUUAGAAAGAGAUACGAUGGAUUUAAAACAUGAAAAAAAAAUGCUAGAAGAAGAACUUGGAAAAUUAUCGUUAGAUGAAGAUGAUGCUAUAAGCAAGCUUACACUGGCGCAGGAGGAAUUUCAAUUAUUGAGAUCCGAGGAAGCGAAAGAAAGAAAAAGAUUGGUCGAACUUAGAGAAGCUUACGAUAAUGCUAUCAAUUCUCUAAAAACUAAAAAAAGUGAAGUUUCGAAAAUUUCGGAAAUAUUACCAAAGGUGGAAGAAGAGCUAAUGAAAAUUGGAAAUGUUAUUGAUUCCAAGCGCACUGAAGAAAAUAAACUUAUAGAACAAGUUCGAAUUUGUCGUAUCAAGUUUCAACAGAAAUCUCAAAAGUCUGAGUCUUAUCGAAGUCAAAAUAGCAUGAUGAAACGUUUAAUGGCUGCAAAAUCUUCCGGCCAUAUUCCUGGCAUUUUCGGGCGGUUGGGUGAUUUGGGUGCUAUCGAUGAGAAAUAUGAUGUGGCUAUCUCAUCCACCUGUGGUGCUCUUGAUUUCGUUGUUGUGGAUACGGUUGAAACAGCAAAACAAUGUGUGGAUUUAUUACGUCGUGAAAAUCUCGGAAUUGCAUCGUUCUUAGCUUUGAAUAAACAGGAAAAAUUGCUUCCUUAUAUGACCAAACCAAAACAUACGCCAGAAAACGCCCCGAGAUUGUUUGAUUUAAUCCAUGUUUCCGAUCCAAAAAUUUUGCCGGCUUUUUAUUAUGCACUGAGAGAUACUCUGGUCGCUGAUGAUAUUGUAGCUGCUACCCGUAUCGGUAUGGGUGGCAAAGAGCGUUACAGGGUUGUCACGUUAAAGGGUGAAGUUGUUGAAACUAGUGGAACCAUGACAGGUGGCGGACGCUCGGAAAAAAGGUAUAAGAUUUAUAUUUAUUUGUUAUAUUCAAUUUUUAAGCCUUUAUAUCUAGGUCGAAUUGGUCGAAGCGUGCUUAUCGAUACCACUAAGGAUUCUGUUAAUGAAAUUAAUGAUUUACGUAAGGAGUUGGAGGAUAAAGAAAAAAAUUUAUGCAAUUUAAGAGAAGAUAUUCAGAAGCUAGAUGUUCGUAUAACAACAUUGGAGACAGAUUAUGAAAGACUGAAGCGAAAUGAGCAUUCUUUGGUAAAUGAUAUUGCUUCACUUGAAGAAAAAAUUCAUAACAUCGAGAAACUCUUAAAUGAGCAACAAAAAAAAACCGAUAGCAUUGUUGCCUCCGGUCAAGCUGCCAUUGAAACUGCUCAGAGCAAUGUUGCAAAAUUAGAAAAAGGUGAAUUAACGUCUUUUAAAUAUUUUCGAGACAAAGCUGUUGAGGCAGCAGAUCAAGUUCGCGAAUGUGUUGCGAGAAUAAGUAAGGAAAUUCAGGAAGUUUAUGAUCGAAUUGUUGGCCCUUAUCAAAAGGAACUAGAAUCUGCUGAAACAAAGAAAGAAAAUGCUUCAAAAGGUAUAACAAAAGAACAGAGCGCACUUAAUAAUGCACAACGAAAUAUUAAUAAAGCAAAAUCUAGAAGAAAUGAUCUUGAAGCUGAUUUGAUUGAAAUCGAAAAUUCACUAAAAGAUAUUCAAGAAAGUAUUGAAUCAUAUUUGACGAACUUAGAACAGCUUGAAAAAAUUAAAGUUCAGCAGAAGGUUCAAAUGGACACAAAUGAGCAAUGUAUGAAAGAAGCCAUAGGAAAGAAUAAUGAACUAGACAUAGAAGAAAUGGAUCUGCAAAAAAAUAUAGCUGAUCUAAGUCGAUCACUUGUGGAGCAAGAAAAAAUAAUUCAAAAUCUUUUGGUUAAAGUGGAGAAUACUGAAUCCAAGUUCUUUCAUAAUUUCCUUUUCUUUUUUCAGAUUUCUUCACUGCAUUUAAAAUAUGUUAAAUGUUUGGAUCGUCUCCCAGAAAAUUUACGAACAGUGGAUGAUUGUUACGAUGCAAGUUUGAAAGAAGCACUGCUUCUGGAGCAACAAUAUUUUAACGAUAUUAAAGAAAAGAGAUAUAUAGUUGAUAGUGAUGAUGAAUUGGUCGUUCGAGUUGAUAAUCUUCCGAUUUUCACUCAAGGAGAAGUUGACUUAUUCGAUGUACAAGAGAUCAAGUUCAACUUGGCGAAUUUAGAGAAACAAAAGCAUGCUAAAAUCAUUAAUAUAAAUGAUUUGCAAGAAUAUGUCAAAAAGCUUAGUCGAUAUGAUCGCGAAUUAGAAGCAUUAUCUGCUAUAUCUCAAAAACGUGAUAAACAUCGGCAGUUCUGCGAAAAACUUCGUAAACAACGUAUGAAUGAAUUUAUGGAUGGUUUUACAAGGAUUGGUGUUGCAUUGAAAGAGUUAUAUCAAAUGAUCACAUUGGGAGGUGACGCUAGUCUUGAUCUGGUUGAUUCCCUUGAUCCUUUUAGCGAAGGUGUAUCAUUUGGAGUUCGUCCGCCCAAAAAAUCUUGGAAACAGAUUACAAAUUUAUCUGGUGGUGAAAAAACCUUGUCAUCUCUGGCGCUUGUAUUCGCACUUCAUCAUUAUCGCCCUACUCCUUUAUAUAUAAUGGAUGAAAUCGAUGCAGCGCUCGAUUUUCGGAAUGUUUCAAUAAUUGGGCAUUAUGUGAAGGAUCGUACGAAAAAUGCCCAGUUCAUCAUCAUAUCGUUACGAAACAAUAUGUUUGAAUUAGGUGAUCGCUUGAUUGGAAUUUUUAAAACAUAUGAUUGUACUAAGACGGUUACAAUCGAUCCAGCAUUGGUUCAUAAGAAAGUAAAAAUGUUUGGCAUGAUGUGUUUGGCUAAAACAAGGUUGCAGGACGUCACACCUGAGGGUGAAGAAAAGGGCAAUAAUGGUAAUAAAAAAAAGGAUUCGAAAUCAUCAGAUGGUUACCAGGAUUCAAAGAAUUCUUUUGCGACUGGUGGUGAACAAAAUUCGGAUGGGUCGAAAGAAAUUGAAGGCAUCAUGAGAUGUGUGAAGCGCAUCAAAUUGUAA